AUGACCGAUACGCAGACUGGCGAUCUCAAGUAUUUUCUGCCGGUGAUAAUCUUUGCGUACAUGCAACAGACAAUAGAGGAAUCAGUGGCGCCUACAGUAUGCAGCGCAUCAGCCAGUGCAUAUGCAGGAGCAUCCGCGCUAAGCAACGCGGAUGCGUUUGCUGGGACAUUUGGAGAAACCGGUAGUCUUUCUGGGACUCAUGACGGACAUAAAGGAAUUCGUAGCUAUGGCUUUCCUCAAGGCAACGACGCUAAUCGCGAUACAAAAUCAUACAACACACCUUCGGCACACGAUGGUGCUGGUCAUCAUCACGGAAUAAAAGACAGAGGUCAUGACUAUAAUAAGAACGGUGAUGGUUGCUCUAAAUGCAAAUGGGAGAAUGACGAUUACUGGGAACGAGACGAGCCGGAGGAGGAAGAAGACGAAGUCGAUGAAGAUGAAUGCGAUGACGGCGAUGACGGUCAGUACAGGCCCGGCAAACACGAUCAUUACGGCUCAGAUGGAGCUAACAAAGGUCCCAAGAGAAGAUUGCAGCCACCCGGAGUGCAGAAGACAGGACCUACGGGCGUAUAUACUGAUGAUGGCAUCCAAGCCGGAGGAGGAGUUAAUCCUAGUUCUUUUUCACCGAAUAUUCCAAAUACCGGAUAUUCAAAACCAACCGAUAAUUUUGGCAGCACAUCAAAACCUGGGUUUGGCUGGAAUACUCCAUCUGUUGCAUCCAAGCCAGGAUAUGGCGGAGUGACUACAAAUGCGUUCGCAACAUCAAGUUCUUGGCCGAACUGGCAAGGAGGAACAACGCCAAGUGGUUUUGGCACUUCUCCGAAACCUGCUUGGAGCGAUAAGCAUGACGGUGUACCGGCUGGAAGUUACGGAACAACACCAAAACCUGGAACAAGCUGGAAUACUGCGCCAACCGGAUCGAACGCACCACCUGGUAGAUUUCCAUCUACGCCCGGAGCACCUCAAAAUACUGGACACGGAUUUGGUGUAUCAUUCACAGGAUUUCCUUCUACUCCACCUGGAAAACUUGGCUGGAACACGGGUCGUGACAGCACACCUGUUGGAAGUUACGGUGUCACGCCGAAACCUGAGUCAAGUUGGAAUACUGGACAUGAUAGUGGAAAUUUCGGAACAACGGCGAAACCUGUUGAUACACCAGGAUACAGUUUAAAUACUGGGUCCAGUAGUAAACCUGGAUCAAAUUGGAAUUCAGGUUACGGAACUACGCCUGUUGGUACACCAGGUUGUACUGGAUCUGGUUUAAGUUGCAAUCAAGGAAAUAUUCCCCAUGGAGAAACACCUGAUUUUGGUAAAAAGGAACAGCCAUUUGGUUUCAAUAAACCAGAAUAUGCUCAACCAUCGUACGUUAAUAAGCCUCAAGGACCAAAUCAAUUACCAUCUAAUGUUAACAGUGGCUCUUAUACUCCCGGAGUUGCGCCUGGAGUUCAAAGUAAUGUAUUUAGUUCUGGAAAAUUACCAACUCCAACUACAUUUCCAACUGGAAGCGGCAGUUAUCCGGGUGUUACAAAACCAAAUUAUGGAAGUGGAACUAAUACUUGGCAACAUCCAGGAACUACAGGUUCUUAUGCUGGAUUUCCUGCAUCAAAUACAGGAUUUGGAACAACUAAAACUCCAUUCAAUCAUGUGAGCACAUCGAGUCCUGUAUCAUCAAGCGGUUCUUUUAGCGGAACAGGACAGAAACCUGGUUUUAGUGUUGCAAGUAGUAGCGCAACUGCAAGUGCUGGAGCAAGCGCGUUUGGAACAUCAUUUGGUCCACACAGUACUCUCGGAACAUCAUUGCAUGGUACAACGCCAACACAUGGUUCAGGUUCAGGUUAUCCUGGUGUCAAAGGACAUACUAAACCUAGUUAUGGAACUACUCCUCACGGAACAUAUCCUGAUACAGGAAGUGGUACUUGGUCUGGUAAGCCAUCUGGAAGCGGAAGUGCAACUUGGCCUGAAGGACAACCUGGAAGUUAUAAUAGACCAUCAUACGGCAAACCAGAAGACGGAUCUACGCCUAGUAAACCUCUUGGAGGCGGACCUGAAACUUAUAAUAGACCUCUAUACAGUGGAAAACCAGAAGACGGAUCUACACCUAGCAAACCUCUCGGAGGCGGACCUGGAAUUUGUUAUAAUAGACCAUCAUACGGCAAACCAGGAGACGGAUCUACGCCUAAUAAACCUCUCGAAAGCGGACCUGGAACUUGGCCUAGUGGACAAUCUGGAAUUAAAUCUCAUCCUAGUAAUUAUCCAGGAACCGGAAGUGGAACGUGGCCAGGGAAGCAGCCUGGAUAUGAAAGCGGAUGCCGAAGUUGUGGAGAAGUCACUAGUUCACAUGGAGGAAACAGCAAUUGCGGAAGUUAUAAUUGUGGCGGUUGCAGCGGAAAAGAUAAUACACCAACAAUACACGGAUGUAAUCAAGCAGUAGGUGGCGUUAACAAAACAUAUUAUCCCGCGGGAACUGGUGAUGGCAAUGUUCCAAGUAUUGCAGAAGCAUAUGGACCAGGUUCAUCCCCAGAAAGUCUUGAGAAAUGGAAUCCUCAAAAUCCAUUUUUAUACGGAGCAGGCAGACCUCAAAGCGAUGUUUCACGUCCGUGGAGUGAGACAACAACUAAACCGCUCGGUCAAGGAAAUCCUUUUCUCGACUUUAGUUCGAAUAAUCCUAAGCCUGCCUAUAGCAGCGCUUCUGCUACUGAUAGAAAUGUAAUUCCUUAUGGAGAGGAAGAUACCAAACCUAUCGGUCAAGGAAAUAUUUUCUUGGAUAGUGCGGGAGGAAACAUCGGAAAUAAUCCGAACGAAGUUCCCUUCGGAGAAAAGAAACCUGAAGGAAACGUUUUUCUUGGAUUUCCCGGUAGUGUAAACAGCAGUCCGGGUAGUUCAUCAUACGGCAGACCUGAUGGAUCUUCUGUACCGGGAACAUCAGGAGGAAAUAAUUCUCCGAGUCCGGCACAAUGCAAGUUGGGUAUUUUUGGUUGUGGAACGUCUGACAGCGGCAGUUAUGGUAAUAAUCCGCAAAGUGUUGGAACAAGCAGCGGAGUUCCAGGAAUCGUUGGCAGUGCCGGAAAUCCUGGAAGUGGUAUUGGUUCCGGUCAUCCUGGAUCAAUCGGAGGUAAUUUAGGCCACGCGGGAGCUUUCGCUGGAGCAUUUAGCAGCGCUCAAGCUUCCAGUUUCGCCAACACAGGACUUGGUAACGACUUUGGCCAGGGUGGAAAUCGGCCUUCUUCUGCUGGAGCGCAAAAUCAAAACGUACCGAAUGCUUGGGCUUCUAGUGGCGCUUCUGCCUUUGCUAGUAGCAGUUCCGGAAGUUGGUCAGGAAAUCAUCCUAUCAAUGUAAAAGGAUAAUUAUUUCGAGCAAAUAUCAAAUAAAGUAUAACUACAGACUACGCGAUAUAAUCCUCAUGCGUAUACUUACAUCAAUAAUAAUAAUCAAAAUGCUUGAUCUUUUUUUAUGUGUCUAAAGCUUUUAUAUAAAUAUUUUUAUAUUUAUAGCGUUUUUACAUUUUUUGUCGCAGUCCAAAUCACGAUUCAAUAAUAAAUAAAAAUGUUUCCAGUCAAACAAACUUCCUAGAAAUAUGUAAAGUUAUUUUUCCAAACACUAAUUAUCUGUUAUGUGAUCAAUAAUUACACACAUCGAUUUGUAAAAUUGCAUGAUUCUCCUAUAUAGGAUGAUCCGUAAAAAAAUUAUUAAUAUACGUUAUUUUUAUGAAUAUUUUAAUAAGUAAUUUUGUCAGAUAUAUUUAUUAUACAAUUUUUUUAUAAAUGUAAAUAGAGAAAAAUGCAAUAAAAUUUUAUAUUUAUAUAAAUGAUAUCAUAUUUGGCUUGUAAUGUUUCAAACAAGUCAAUAAUCAACCACCAGAUAUGUAUGAGCAAUCAAGCUAUUAUUCGAAAAUUUUUCUUGCGAAAGCAAUUAUGCUUGUUGUGAAAACAUAUAAAAGAACACUGUAAUCGUAUAUAGAUUCAUUUGUUUCUACUAAGUUGUACAGUGAGGAGAAUUUCUGUUUUGUUCUACACUCUGCCACAGUCAUCAUGAAGAUUGCUGUACUGAUUAUACUCAUAGUAGCAAUACUAGUUCAACUUUGCAGCGCACAGAUGCGCCGAGGGGGUAUGAUGAGACCUAGAGGGGGUAUGAUGAGAGUAAUGGGGUAUGAUUCUAUGGAAGACAAUCCUACGGAUAUAAUAAACUAAACUCAAUCCAGGAAAGGCUAUGGAAUAUUGUACAAAUGCAUGAGUAAACUCGGAAUUCUCUUCACUUCUCAAUCAACUACGAGAAAAAUUCGAAAUUACACUAAUAUGACUCUUUUUGUCUCAUAUAUAUAUAUAUAUAUAUAUAGUUAAUAAAUAAAAUGCAAUAACUUUA